CUUGCUUGUAGGACACAUUAAAUUUUACUGUCAUCUAGUCAAAGACAUGAUGAUGCUUUGAAAUACCAUAAGAAGAAUUGAGUAAAUUAUGCUACACAAGACACCCUUUCCUCACAGAUACCAGCAGUGGGCAUUCACAAUUGCUGAAUUCAUCCUCAGGCCAGUUUUAUGGAGCUUCAGUGAAAUUGUGUCAAUCUUCAUUCCAACCACAAAAGAGAGGGCCAACAUUGUGAAGCAUUAUGCAACCAAUCUAUUACUUCUUCCUUUGUAUAUCAGUAUUUUGACCUGUCUCAUUGUCCCAGCUAUUGUGGCCUUUUUGUUGCGAUGUUUUCUACACUUGGUCAGAAAUUCCUAUGUGCUUUCAGUAAAGGGGACUGAUGGACAACUUUAUGACUCAAAGAAGAAAACAUAUAAUGUUACAACAAUGAAUAUUUGCCUAAUGCCCGAGUUUCUUUCUAGAUUUAACAACCUAUCUCAUACAAAACAGCGAGCACAAAUUAUAGGACAAAGAAUCAUUGCAGAUCAAAUCCAAACUGAAAAUAUAGCUAAUGGAACAAAACAAUUUGGAGAUAUUCAGACAAACUUUUCAGAAAUAGAUUUUAUGUGUAUACAGGAAGGUUGGGAUAGGGACCACAAUAAAAGACUGGUUAAGGAGCUUCAUAAAUUGUAUCCCUGGAUAAUAUAUGAUGUAGGAGAUACUAGUUUAUUUAACAAUUAUUUUAUUUUCAAUAGUGGGUUGAUGUUUGUUAGUAAAUAUGAAAUCCUUCAUGCUUGUUUUAAAACCUAUAGUAAUUCCUGCAAACAGUGCUUAUUUUCUGGGAAAGGACUUCUUAUGGUCAAGGUUUUGCUUGGGAAGUUGGAGGGGAAAUCCAAGGUGGGUUACAUCUUCAACACACAUCUACAGGCUUAUCAAGGUGAGACGCCAAUUAUCCAGAAACAGCUGGAUGAAGUGUUGCUGUGGACCGAGGAAUUCAGGACACUGACCAGUGACCAAAGGGACAGUGUGACCUUUGACAUUCUUUGUGGUGACUUCAACUUUGAUAACAUAUCCCCAGGAGAUCAGUGUCUUUCAGACCACAAAUUGUUUUCGAUGUAUAUAGAUCCAGCCCGGAAAAGUGCAGGCCAGGACCAUGAAUGGACUGUUGGAACAGAAAUGAGACAGGGUUGCUUUUGGGAGGAGGAGAUUUCCUCCCCAGAGGGACUUAAGCGAGCACUAGAAAAUCCAGUCAUGCGACGGCGGUACAUAUUAGAUGCUGAUGUCGAAGUGGCCACACUCUCAAAUCUUGUGUACAAUGCUCAUCCAAAGACCGGGGAUGUAGACCAGAGGUGUGAUGGAAAAAGGAGAAUAGAUUACAUUCUGUACAACAAGGAAAUGGACAUUGAGAUCAGACAGUACAGUUUUGUGACAAGACUGGCUGAGCUGACAGACCACAUUCCUGUCUCCAUGACAUUCAACACUUCCCAGUGGUGAGCACCCAGCUCUAUGACCAUAAAACUUACAUGAACUCAUUUUUGAUCUCUGUCACUUUUUCAGUAUAAAUUCCUUUUGAAAAAUUAAAAUGGCCUCAGAGCCCAAUGAUUUGGCAAGAUAAUAUCAUUCAGGAGACAAAAAUGCACCCAAAGUAUGGAAGUAUAGUGAGAUUUGAGAUUUUGUUAUUUUUCUGGAAGAUUAUCGCUAUGCUAAAAUACAUUACAUUUCUGUUGGAAAAUAAAACUUACUUGAACAAUCUGAUCAUAAAUAUAAUUUUACUUUGCAAAAUUCUUUUCUUUGUUGAAUAUUUCUUGUCUUUGAUUGAGUCUCAGGUUUACUGGAGUAGACUAUAC